AUGGGGAGAAGAAAGAUUGAGAUCAAAGCUAUCAAGGAUGAUAGGAAUCGUUCAGUGACCUUCUUGAAGCGCAAAGGAGGAUUAUUCAAGAAGGCGCAUGAGCUUUCCGUUCUCUGCUCCGUCGAUGUCGCGGUUAUUAUAUUUGGUAGUAAUAAGAAGUUAUACGAAUAUUCUAGUAGUGACAUUGGAGAGAUCAUGACAAGAUAUCAAUACUAUGGAGGAGCCAACGAACACAAAGGACCUAGCGAUUACGGCAAAGGAAAGGGCAUGGAUGACGAUGACGAUGAUGAUGACGGAUCCCCUCCUUCUCAUCACGGAUCAGAACCACCGCAGAUGAUGCCUCCUCAAUUCCAACACCAACCAUAUCAGCAUAUUCGCCAUCAUACUCCAUCCGCCUCUCCUCCAAUUCCAAAUGGUGUCUUUCAACAUCUCCCACAACAACGACAACAUACACCACAACCCGGAAUGGGAUCUCGACCAUCGUCUAGAAACGCUCCACGAAGACAAAGCUCCCUGGUACCACAGCAUCCUCAUGGCCCUCCGACCAACGGUCAAUUUGCAUAUGCGCCGAAUCAACCACCUUACAACCCCCAAAUGACACCCGGUCUGCCACCACAUUCUCAUGGCCUUCCCCAGCAUAUACAAGGUCCGCCUCAAGGAAUUCCCCAUCCACACCAAAGUCCCGGACCACAAUACGCACAUUUUGCACCCCCGCAUCACCCCCAACAUCAUCCUCAACACCACCCUCAUUCCCAACCACAUAUGCAACAGCAUCCGCAACAUCCUCAGCAACACCCACAACAGCAUCUUCAACAGCAUCCGCAGCAGCAUCCUCAAAAAAUCCCGCAACAACAUCCCCAUCCGCAACAAGUACAGCAACUAUAUGUGGAGGAACAAAGAAGAUCCUCUGUACCACCGGCAUUCCCACCACAAGAAAGACCCGCAUCUUCGCGCGCAACUCCUUCCCCUCCGCAGCCGCAGCAACAGCAAAUGCCGCAACCUCCACCACCACCACCACAACCACAGCAGCCUCAACCAUCGCCAGAACAGCAACAAACACAACCUUCACAACAAAUGCUCGAGCCAGCCAAGCGCUCAUCAGUAAAAUCCAGAAGUAUCUUUACGCCAAUUGAUGAGAGUCGAUCAAUUCUCUCCCAACACUGGGCAAGCUCAACUUCCAAUACCGAUGCAGUAAAGGAAGAACCGGGAGAUCGAUCUCAGUCUGUGGACGUUACAAUAAAUCGUGUUAAACCACCUUCACCACCUCAAAGAUCACAAACGCAUAACAAAAAUCGUAACAUAUCCAUGUCAUCCUUACCAGAUGGAUUUACCCCACCAUCCCGUACAAACAGUGCACAGCUAAGUGUAGGUGGUGGCAAGAGGCCUAUAUUGAAGGUGCAAAUUCCAGAAGAAGCAUCAGAUAAUGGUGGAUCUGCCACUGCGGAAGAUCUCUCAUCCCCACGAUCGGCGGGUGCCACUAACCAAAAGGCACGUCGCAAUGGCGGCGACCAUGGCGGAAUGGUACUUCCACCACCUUCACCUUCCGCCUCGGCUUUGUUGUCAGCCGGUGCAUCGGGACCACCAAAUCCUUUCGCACGACCACAUCCCGUCACACAACCUUCGCAGGGAUCCAAUGCGAGUGGAAAUAACAAUAAUUCGAACAACAAUAUAAUAGAAAGCGUGACACCAGUCUCAGCUCUUCCGUCGCGUUUCAUGAAUAAUGAAUUCCUCCCAAGCCCUUCAUCGUUCUAUCCCGAGUGGAAUUAUGGGAGAGGCGGUGAUUCUAAUACAUUACCUAGUCCUCUAAAUUUUGCAACGCCUGUUGUGGGAACAGGCCCAAGUUUCCUACGAGACGAUAAUGGCGAUAGGGGUGGUAAAAGAAAGACACCCGAACAAGAUGAGAACCGGGAUGGGGGAGAUCAGAAAAGAUUGAAGCAUGAAGGAUAA